AUGACAAAACUAGAUGAGAAGCUACGUGCCUUAGACAAUCCAAUCGAUAACAAGAACCUCGAAAUCAAGAAGCUAGUGGAUGAAAAGAAAGAGGCAUUAUCAGCACAACAUGCAGCAGAAGCAAAUCUUAAAAGUCUUCAUGCAUGUCUCAAGGAUGAUGAUUCUCCUACCAUAGAAUCUUUCCUUGCUCCCCUAGAGGCCAAUAUCAAGAUGUACACAAAAUAG